UAUACCCACCCCACCUCUAUCCUCCUAAAAUCUCACUUCACUUCACAAAAAAAAAUUAAUUUUUCCCUAAACCCUUUUUAGUUUAACUAAAUUUAUAAUGUGGGUUGUGGUUAUUUCACACAUUUGUUGUGGGGUUUGUUUUUUAUAAGGUUUCUUAAAAUCACUCACACAUUUUCAAGAUUUCAAAUAUUCAAGAAUCCCACCACCGGAAAGAUGACGUCACGCUCUCUGUUCUUUAGUUUCUUGUUCUUGAUUCCUUUUUGCGUUUGUUUGAAUCAAGAAGGACGGUAUUUGCAACAAUUGAAGCUAGGGUUUGAUGACCCAGAUGGGUUCUUUUCCGAUUGGGUUGAAACUGUCUCCGGCGACGGCGCCGGAGAUACUCCCUGCAACUGGACCGGCGUUAGGUGUUCAAAACAGGGGACUGGGUUUGUUGAAGCUGUUGAUUUGUCAAAUGCUAAUAUCGCUGGCGAGUUUCCGGCAGUGAUUUGCCGGCUCACCGGACUGAAAUUUAUCUCUCUGUACAAUAAUUCCGUCAACGGUACACUUUCCGGCGAGCUUUCCGGUUGCCGGAGUCUUGUUUUUUUAGAUCUUGGACAAAAUUUUCUCACCGGCGAACUUCCGGCGAGAUUAUCCGAGCUUCCGGAGUUGAAAUAUCUAGAUUUGACCGGAAACAAUUUUUCCGGCGACAUUCCGGCGAGUUUUGGAAAAUUUCAGAAGCUUGAAGUAAUUUCGUUAGUUGAUAAUCUCAUCGGAGGGAAUAUUCCGGCGGAAAUUGGAAACAUUUCCACGCUAAAACAGCUUAAUUUAUCAUACAACCCGUUUUCUCCGGGUCGGAUCCCGCCGGAGCUCGGAAACUUAUCGAAUCUAGAAGUCUUAUGGCUCACCGAGUGUAAUUUAAUUGGACCGAUUCCUGACUCACUGAGUCGACUCAGUAAACUCGUUGAUCUUGACCUGUCUAUCAACAAACUCACUGGGCCAGUACCGACUUCAAUUACCGAGUUAACCAACAUUGUCCAAGUUGAGCUUUAUAACAACUCGUUGACCGGUGAGUUGCCGAAAUUGGGGUGGUCAAAGAUGACGGCGUUACGGCUGAUUGAUAUUUCGAUGAAUAUGUUGACCGGAACGGUGCCGUUUGAGUUAUGUUCUUUACAACUUGAAUCAUUACAUCUUUAUGAAAAUGAGUUUGAAGGUACAUUCCCUGAAAUUAUUUCAAAUUCUAGUAAUCUUUAUGAAUUAAGGUUGUUUGGAAAUAGGUUUUCCGGCAGGUUGCCGGAAAAUUUAGGGAGAAAGGCGCCGUUGACUUGGGUUGACGUGUCAAACAAUUUAUUCUCCGGCGAAAUUCCGGCGAGUUUGUGUAAUAAUGGUAGGUUAGAAGAGCUUUUAAUGAUACAUAACUCGUUUUCGGGUGAAGUUCCGGCGAGUUUGAGUACUUGUUGGAGCUUGAAACGAAUCCGGUUAGGGUAUAAUAAGUUUUCCGGCGAAGUUCCGGUAGGGUUUUGGGGUCUCCCCGAGGUUUCGCUACUCGAAUUGGCGGAAAACUCGUUCUCCGGGGUGAUCGGAAAGACCAUCGCCCGAGCGGGGAACUUGUCGACGUUGAAUGUAGCGAAUAAUAUGUUUUCCGGUGAGUUGCCGGAUGAGAUCGGGCUUGUUGGUGGUUUAGUUGAGUUUUCCGGGGGUAAUAACCGGUUUUCGGGGUCUUUACCAGGUAGCAUUGUGAAUCUUGAACAGUUAACCAAGCUUGAUCUUCAUAACAAUGGGUUUUCGGGUGGGAUUCCGAGUGGGAUCGAUUCGUUAAAGAAGCUAAACGAGCUUAACUUAGCUAAUAACAAGUUUUCGGGUAACAUUCCCGAUAAGAUCGGGGAGUUAUCGGUCUUGAACUAUCUUGAUCUGUCCGGAAAUCAGUUUUCGGGCAAGAUUCCGGUUGGGUUACAGAACUUGAGGCUCAAUCAGCUCAACUUAUCGAGCAACUCGUUUACCGGAGACAUCCCACCGGUUUACGCUAAGAAGAUUUACAUCAAUAGCUUUUUGGGUAAUCCGGGACUUUGCGGUGACAUCGAGGGUUUAUGCGAUGGUGAAAACGUCACUAAGAACGUGGGUUACGUGUGGUUACUCCGGUCGAUCUUUGUACUAACCGGUGUCAUCCUCAUUGUUGGUGUGGGAUGGUUCUACUUCCGGUGCAAGAAUGUUGAGAACUCGAAAGAAUGUAUUGACAAGUCGAAAUGGACGUUAAUGUCGUUUCACAAGCUGAGUUUUAGCGAAUACGAAAUCAUGGGUGCGCUCGAUGAGGAUAACGUGAUCGGAAGUGGUGCGUCGGGGAAAGUUUACAAAGUUGUUUUGGGCAACGGUGAGACUGUGGCUGUUAAGAAACUAUGGGGAGGUUCAAAGAAGGGUGAAAGCGAGGAUCUUGAAAACGGGUCGGGCUCAGGCUCGGUUCUUGAUAACGGGUUUGAGGCCGAGGUGGAGACGUUAGGGAGGAUCCGUCAUAAAAGCAUCGUUCGCCUUUGGUGUUGCUGUUCGACAAAAAUGUGUAAACUUCUUGUGUAUGAGUAUAUGCCAAAUGGUAGUUUGGGUGAUUUACUUCAUAGUGGUAAAAGCGGGUUGCUCGAUUGGCCCAUAAGGUACAAGAUCGCGGUGGAUGCAGCCGAGGGUUUGGCUUAUUUGCAUCAUGAUUGUGUUCCCGCGAUUGUUCAUAGAGACGUUAAAUCGAAUAACAUUUUACUUGAUGGUGAUUUUGGUGCUCGAGUGGCGGAUUUUGGUGUUGCUAAAGUUGUUGAUGGUAAAGAAAAGGGUGGUAAAUCGAUGUCCGUCAUUGCUGGUUCGUGUGGUUAUAUCGCUCCAGAAUAUGCAUAUACAUUAAGGGUGAACGAAAAGAGCGAUAUCUACAGUUUCGGUGUUGUAAUUCUCGAACUCGUGACUGGAAAGCGGCCGGUUGCCCCCGAGUAUGGAGAAAAAGAUUUGGUCAAGUGGGUAUGUGCUACAUUGGACCAAAAAGGUCUAGACGCGGUGCUCGACCCAAAGCUAGAUUCGUGUUUCAAGGAAGAAAUAUGUAAAGUCCUCAAUGUUGGUCUCUUGUGCACGAGCCCGCUUCCUAUCAACCGACCAUCGAUGAGAAAAGUCGUGAAGUUGUUACAAGAGAUCGGCUCGGUAAAUCCCAUGAAGUUUGCAUCAAAAGAUGGUAAGUUAACGCCUUACUACUACGAUGAUGGGUCGGAUCAUGGUAGUGUGGCUUGAAGUCUUGUGGCGAAACUAAGUGGUUUCCUGCUGGGUUGAAUGGUACAAUGCAUCGCGUCGUUGCAUUUGUUUUUGUUUACAGAUGUCGAAAGAAGUGGAAGGACGGGUUCGGUUUUGGGUUAAUCGUCGUUUUAGAAUGCAUUGGCUAGUUGUACCGUACAAUCCAUAAAAGCAGGGGAAGGGGAUUUUAGUUAUCGGUUUGGGGUGUGAGGGGAAGUAGAUGAGUUUUGUUGUGUGAAAGAAGGUAAAUUAUGUAAUGAUCAAUAAUAGUUAGGUAAUAUACAAGUGUUGGUAUCUUUAUUUUCAUGUUUGCAACUUAGAAUUAGUUUUACAUUUUUUAUUAAAAUUUCAAUCACUGAAA